AUGCUUUCCCGUACUCCACAGCCUCGCGUUGGCGGUGUCGCUGCAGGGGAGGGACAUGGUGAUGUGGGAGGGGACGCUGCAGGAGAGGGACAUGUUGACGUGGGAGGGGACGCUGCAGGGGAGGGACAUGGGGAUGUGGGAGGGGAUGCUGUAGGGGUGGGACAUGGAGAUGGGGGAGGGGACAACGCUGGCACACAUGACAGCAUGAGAGGUGCACACGGUGAGGGUCCUGUGGCUGACGUUGAGACGGGUGUAGGUGGGAAUAAGAGUAAGCUUGACGGUGUUGGAGAGGGUGAUAUGGCGGACGGUGCGAGGAGUGACAAUGAGGAGGUGGGGGGGAAUGAUGAAGGUGCCGGAGGCAACCCUGGUACUACCCUUGGUAACAGAGGUGCAGGAGAGGUCAUGGGUGCUGGGCAUGGUGUGACAGCCUCGAACGCAGAUGUGGAUUUGGUGUCCGCCCAGAGCACAGGGGCUGAGACAACGAGUCGCAACACUGCGCGUGGUCGAGCUCCUAGCUCUGGUUAUACCGGCAUAAGCAAACGGGAAGGUAGGUGGGCGGCACGGCUGUGCGUAGAUAGCGCUAAGAGUAAGUUUUUAGCGCUGGGACGGUAUGCGGAGAUCUUGGAUGCCGCAAAAGCAUAUGCGGCAGCCGCCCACAUUUGCCGACCGUCCCUCUCCAGCUCAAUGAUGGUGGAGUUGAGCGUGGAGGAGAGGCGGUGCUUGGAGGGACUGACGGCGCAUGGGGUUGAGAGGUUAGUGGAGGCCAAGCGAUGGGCAGAGUGGAGGAACUGGCGAGAAGUGCUCGGCAGCCUCCCUGAGCCUUCCAUCCCAACGCCAGCAGGAGUUCACACACAGGCUCCACCUCCCUUUUCCCACCACCACCCUGGAGCCACGCUUGGCAACUACCACCCGCCAGCCGCCGCCUUCGCGGGACACGCCGGUGCAACCCCAAACCCCGGUGCAUGGCAGCCGUACACCCAGAGCCACCCUCCUCCCAACCUCCAUUUUCUAUCCCAGCAGUUUGCUUUCAACCAAAUCUCAAUCCAUCAAUUCAGCCAGGUGAAAGCCCCUAUCGCUGUACACCCUACCCCUUCAGUACCCAUCACUCCCAACCCUGCAGGCCAUGCCGCUUCACAUAACACGGCACCCCAUCCCCAUGUCCUACCAACACCACCAUCCGUUGCACCCAGCAUGGCACAUCCAGUAUCCGACCCACAAGCCCAACAAGUCCGGCCCGCUGAGCAAACUGGUCAGGCCAGGGUAGAUGGCAUGACAUAUUCACAGUCGACUUCUCCCAACAACCCCAACCCCACGUCCCACGGCUCCGUAUUGGCAAGCGAGCCAGCAACAGGUGCGGCGGACGACAUCAUUGAUGCCUUUCUUGGUCAAGCUGCACAAUAA